AAUUUACAGCUUUUAAAGAGCUGUUUCUGGUGAAAGUUGGACACCGAAUUUCAUUGGUGAAAGGAUGCAUUCAUUUGGCUCCCUGAUUUCCUUGAAAUCAUUUAGCUCAAACAAUGAUUAUAUGCUGUUAACUUGCAAAAACAACUAAGUAAAGACUGCACAUUUUUUGCUGGAGGGUAAAGUCAGGUAGAAUAUGAAGAAGUUUAAUAAAGACAGGACAGGAAGAACGAGUGUUUUCACGCUCAAAGAAAAUCUAACAUUUUAAACGAACGAGCCGUUCUUCGUUUAAACCAUUAAAAUGAUUUUAAUCAAUACCAAAUAUGGAUAAGAAUUGUACGUAGGAACCACUUUUUAAGAUGGUAACAGUCAAUAGAAGUGCAACGAUUGGAACCAUUUCCGUGUUUUAUUAACGAAGACUCAGGCACCAGAGGGAGGGGCGUGAACCCUUAGAAACUUGCUUCUGCACGUAGUACGAGGAGAAAGGUCACCCACGAUAAUGGCUGUGUGAAUUCGAGGAACGCUCAGCUUAUAUUUUGUUAAAGGGUUUUACACCGCCUCGCACCGCUGCCAAAAUGUCUUCUACGGAUUUAGAGAGACUGAAGAUGACGGGAGCUGGGAAAGCAAUCGCUGUGCUGACCAGUGGCGGAGAUGCGCAAGGAAUGAAUGCAGCGCUGCGUGCUGUGACCCGUAUGGGGAUAUUUGUUGGAGCCAAGAUGUAUCUAAUCUAUGAGGGUUACCAGGGUCUGGUGGAUGGAGGAGACAACAUAAAGCCGGCCCACUGGCAGAGUGUCACCAACAUCAUCCAGCAGGGUGGCACAGUGAUUGGCAGUGCCCGCUGUAAGGCCUUCACCACUCGUGACGGGCGCCUGGCCGCAACAUUUAACCUGGUGAAGAGGGGCAUUGCCAACCUGUGUGUGUGUGGAGGAGACGGGAGUCUCACGGGAGCCAACAUCUUCAGGAACGAGUGGAGUGGACUGCUGGCUGAACUCGUGCAGAAAGGCAGGAUUACAGACAAGAUGGCCAAGAAGCAUCAGCACCUGAACAUUGUAGGUUUGGUUGGAUCUAUCGAUAACGACUUCUGUGGAACAGACAUGACGAUUGGAGCUGACUCCGCCCUGCAUCGCAUCAUGGAGUCCGUGGAUGCCAUCACCACCACCGCGCAGAGCCACCAGCGUGCUUUUGUCCUGGAGGUAAUGGGACGCCAUUGCGGAUAUCUGGCCUUGGUGUCGGCCCUGGCCUCUGGAGCUGACUGGCUCUUCAUUCCGGAGGCCCCCCCACUGGAUGGAUGGGAGGACCACAUGUGUACUCGGUUGGAGCUUAGUCGCAGUAAGGGCUCACGACUGAACAUUGUGAUCCUUGCUGAAGGGGCCAUCGACAGAACUGGCCAGCCCAUCUCUUCAAGCUACAUUAAGGAUCUGAUGGUGAAUCGUCUGGGCUAUGACACACGGGUCACUGUCCUGGGUCACGUCCAGAGGGGUGGAACACCCUCAGCCUUUGACAGGGUGCUGAGCAGUAAAAUGGGGGUUGAGGCUGUGGUAGCCCUGUUGGAAGCCACUCCAGAGACCCCUGCCUGUGUGAUCGGCCUAUCAGGGAACCAGGCUAUACGUCUGCCUAUGAUGGAGUGUGUGGAGAUGACUAAAGAGGUUCAGAAGGCCAUGAAUGAGAAGCGGUUUGACGAAGCAAUCCAACUUCGAGGAAGGAGCUUUGAGAACAACUGGAACACAUAUAAACUGCUUGCAUUUCAGAAGCCUUCCCUUACCCAGAGUGGCCGGACCAUGGCGGUGCUGAAUGUGGGGGCUCCGGCGGCGGGGAUGAACGCAGCGGUGCGCUCGGCGGUCAGAGUGGCCCUGGCCUGCGGGCAUCAGGUCUACGGGGUCAACGAUGGGUUCGAGGGGCUGGCGAAGGAAGCGUUGACUGAGAUGGGGUGGCGCAGUGUGGCUGGAUGGACGGGCCAGGGGGGGUCUCUCCUGGGGACCAAACGAACCCUUCCCAGUACUUGUAUGGAGAAGAUAGUGGAGACCAUCACCAAGUACAGCAUCCAGGCUCUGCUGAUUGUCGGGGGGUUUGAGGCGUACGAGGGUGUGCUGGAGUUGUUUGCUGCUCGUGGUCUUUACGAUGAGCUGUGCAUCCCCAUGGUGGUGAUCCCUGCCACCAUCAGUAACAACGUCCCGGGAACAGACUUCAGUCUGGGGGCUGACACCGCUGUCAACGCCGCCAUGGAGAGCUGUGACAAGGUUAAACAGUCGGCCACAGGGACUAAGAGAAGGGUAUUUGUAGUGGAGACCAUGGGGGGAUACUCUGGUUACCUAGCAACCUACGCUGGUAUCGCCGUCGGAGCGGACGCAGCUUACAUCUUCGAGGACCCUUUCAACAUCCAGGACCUUAAGAGUAAUGUGGAGCACCUCACAGAAAAGAUGAAGAAGGAUAUCCAGAGAGGGCUGGUGCUGAGGAAUGAGAAGUGCCAUGAGCACUACACAACUGACUUCAUCCACAAGCUGUACUCUGCAGAGGGGAAGGGCAUUUUCGACUGUAGGGUCAAUGUGCUGGGACACCUCCAGCAGGGAGGCUCACCAACACCAUUUGACAGAAACUUUGGCACCAAGGUUGGUGUGAAGGCUGUGCAGUGGUUAACUGAGAAGAUGAAUGACAGCUUCAGACAAGGGCGUGUGUUUGCCAACGGGCCCGACACGGCUACGGUCCUUGGCUUCAGUAAGAAGGUUCUCUCCUUCAUCCCUGUCACUGAGCUCAAGGAACAGACAGACUUCGAACACCGGAUGCCCAAGGUGCAGUGGUGGCUGAACCUCCACCAGAUGCUGAAGAUGUUGGCCAAGCACCAGACAAGCUUCAGUGAAUAUGUCCCUGGAGAGAUAGAACAUGUGACCCGACGCUCUCUCAGCAUCGAAACCGGCAUCUAGAUCACACACUAACCAUGGACUGCAGACAUCGGCUUCUAGAUCACACACUAACCCUGGUAUGCUGGCACUGGCUUCUAGAACAGACACUAACCCUGUUAUGCUGACACUGGCUUCUAGAACAGACACUAACCCUGUUAUGCUGACACUGGCUUCUAGAACACACACUAUCCCUGUUAUGCUGACACUGGCUUCUAGAACAGACACUAACCCUGUUAUGCUGACACUGGCUUCUAGAACACACACUAUCCCUGUUAUGCUGACACUGGCUUCUAGAACACACACUAUCCCUGUUAUGCUGACACUGGCUUCUAGAACAGACACUAACCCUGUUAUGCUGACACUGGCUUCUAGAACACACACUAACCCUGUUAUGCUGACACUGGCUUCUAGAACACACACUAACCCUGUUAUGCUGACACUGGCUUCUAGAACACACACUAUCCCUGUUAUGCUGACACUGGCUUCUAGAACACACACUAAGCCUGUUAUGCUGACACUGGCUUCUAGAACACACACUAACCCUGUUAUGCUGACACUGGCUUCUAGAACACACACUAAGCCUGUUAUGCUGACACUGGCUUCUAGAACAGACACUAACCCUGUUAUGCUGACACUGUCUUCUAGAACAGACACUAUCCCUGUUAUGCUGACACUGGCUUCUAGAACAGACACUAACCCUGUUAUGCUGACACUGGCUUCUAGAACACACACUAUCCCUGUUAUGCUGACACUGGCUUCUAGAACACACACUAACCCUGUUAUGCUGACACUGGCUUCUAGAACACACACUAACCCUGUUAUGCUGACACUGGCUUCUAGAACAGACACUAACCCUGGUAUGCUGACACUGGCUUCUAGAACACACACUAAGCCUGUUAUGCUGACACUGGCUUCUAGAACAGACACUAACCCUGUUAUGCUGACACUGGCUUCUAGAACACACACUAUCCCUGUUAUGCUGACACUGGCUUCUAGAACAGACACUAACCCUGUUAUGCUGACACUGGCU